CAUAUUAUUAACCAUGGCGGACUGGCUUGAAGAUUAGGACUGAGCUGCAUCUCACACGACAUUAAAAAAAAAAGCUAAUCCAGGACGGUUUCUCCCUCCAGAAGUGGUUUCUUUUAAACCACGUGUUGACUAUUAGUGUGUCAGGGCCACACCUCUGGGUAAGUAAAGAGCUACAUCAGGCAGGUCGCUCUUUACUUACCCUCUCCUUUAGCUGACGCCUACAACCAAAUGGACUUCUAAAGCAUUAAUACUGAAGCAACAACAAAAUGUGUGCCCUGGAAUCCAAAGUGAUUGAAGAUAUUAAAAAGGCCCUGGAAAAAAAUGACAAGGACUCGGCUGCAUUAAUAACCCAAAAAUAUUUAGGAGAUAUAAAUAAUAUUUCACUGAACAUUGCUGUCACAGGAGAAAGUGGAGUUGGAAAGUCCACCUUUGUUAAUGCCUUCAGGGGGAUAGACAACAGAGAUGAGGGAGCGGCCCCUACAGGUGUUGUGGAAACGACCAUGAAGCCUGAGCCUUACCCACAUCCAAGACACCCCAAUGUUACAUUAUGGGAUCACAAGAUUGAUAACAACCUAAGUGAUGCAAAAAGGUGCCAGAGGGAGUACGGUGAAUAAAAGACACUUCAGGAAAUCAGGGAGAACUGCAUUCAAGGACUUGAAAAACAGGGUGUAGAGUCUCCUCAGGUCUUCCUGUUGUCUAGUUUUGAUCUCCAUUUGUACGACUUCCCCGCCCUCCAGGACACCAUGGAGAGAGAGCUUCCCUCACACAAGAGAGACUUUCUGAUCUUAGUCCUUCCCAACAUCUGCAAAAGCACCAUUCACAAGAAGAAAGAGGUUUUCCGUUCACGAAUAAAGUACUAUGCUAUUUUGUCUGCCCUCGUUGCAGCUGUACCUAUCCCAGGGCUUUCCAUUGCUGCAGAUUCAAGCAUUGUGGCUAAAGUUCUACAGGACUAUUUGAAUGGGUUGGGUCUAGAUGAAAAAUCGUUGGAGAAAAUUUCCAAUGCUACAAAAGGGUCUUUUUCGGAUGUAAUGGGCAGGGAUGAAAUGUCUUUGUUCUGGAAAGAAUGUAACUAAGGAGCCUGUUUUGUUAAUGCUGCAUUCUCUACCACUUGUUAU